CAGGUCACCAGCUGCGCGUUGCGAGGUGCGCGUCGGAAGCCGGCCGGUGCGGACGCGGAAGGGUGAGCGGCGCGGCCUGGGCAGGCGAGGCCGGGGAUCGAGCGAGAGAGCGAGGAGCCCGGGGUCGGACGCUGCCUCCCCGCCGGCCGAGGAGCGAUGGAGCGCAGGCGGCUGGAGACGGCGGGUUCGAGUUCAGGCUCCAGCUCCAGUUCGGGGUCGGGUUCGGCGGUCGCGGGCCUCCCUCCACGGGAAGACUCCGAGAUGGCGCUGGCCGGCAUCAACAUGCUGCUCAACAACGGCUUCAGGGAGUCGGACCAGCUCUUCAAAAAAUACCGGAACAACAGCCCUCUAAUGAGCUUUGGAGCGAGUUUUGUUAGUUUUUUGAACGCCAUGAUGACCUUUGAAGAUGAAAAAAUGCAGCUGGCUUGUGAUGAUUUAAAAAGCACAGAAAAACUGUGUGAAAGUAGUGAAGCAGGCGUCAUUGAAACAAUCAGGAAUAAAAUUAAAAAAAACGUUGAUAUGCAGAGGCCAACAGCUUUAGACGUUGAUAGACUCCAAAGGCAAAUCAUCAUUGCUGACUGCCAGGUCUACCUUGCUGUACUGUCUUUUGUGAAGCAGGAACUCUCAGCAUAUAUUAAAGGUGGAUGGAUCCUCCGAAAAGCAUGGAAAAUUUAUAAUAAAUGUUACAGUGAAAUUGAUGCUCUACAGCUAAUGCAUAAGAAAAGAUCUCAAGAAUCGCUGACAUCAGAUCGGGCAAAUGAUAAUCAUAUUCCCGCUAUGUCUUUGCACCAAGAGUCCCUGAGCAGACUGAAAGGUGCUGUCAGCUUUGGCUAUGGGCUCUUUCAUCUCUGCAUUUCAAUGGUGCCUCCUAACCUGCUGAAAAUCAUCAACUUGCUGGGGUUUCCUGGAGACCGUCUACAGGGAUUGUCUUCGCUAAUGUAUGCCAGUGAAAGUAAGGACAUGAAGGCCCCGUUAGCUACGUUAGCCUUGCUGUGGUACCAUACAGUAGUGCGUCCUUUCUUUGCAUUGCCUCCUGAUCCACGGCAUCCCAACACUGGUUUGAGGGAAGCAAAGGAAAUCCUGCGGACAAAGGAAUCUAUUUAUCCAGACUCUUCAUUGUUUCUGUUUUUCAAGGGACGAAUUCAACGAUUGGAGUGUAAAAUUAACAGUGCCUUGACGUCAUUUCAAACUGCAUUAGAGCUUGCGGUGGAUCAGCGGGAGAUCCAGCACGUGUGUCUGUAUGAGAUAGGUUGGUGUACCAUGAUAGAAAUGAAUUUCAAGGAUGCCUACAAGUCUUUUGCACGACUUAAGAAUGAGUCCAGGUGGUCCCAGUGCUAUUACGCUUAUUUGACUGCAGUCUGCCAGGGAGCAACAGGUGAGAUUGACAAGUCACAAGAAGCGUUCAUAGAAGUCCAGCAGCUAUUCAGAAGGAAGAAUAAUCAAAUAGAGCAGUUUUCCUUCCGAAGGGCUGAAAGAUUUCAGAAGGAGAAGCCUACAAAAGAUUUGUGUGUGCUUGCUGUCGUUGAAGUGCUGUAUUUGUGGAAAGCUCUCGCUAAUUGUUCCCCUUCAAACCUUCAGCGAAUGAAUCAAGCCUGCCAGGAAAUGUCUGAGCCAUUAACUAUUGGGUUAAAACACCUACUCCUUGGUGCAAUACACAAGUGUUUAGGAAACACCGACGGUGCUGUUGAGUUCUUCCAGUUAGCUAUAAAAGAUGAACUAAGUCGUCAGGCCAAUUCUUACAUACAGCCCUAUGCCUGUUAUGAACUGGGAUGCUUAUUAUUGGAGAAUCCAGAGAUGCUGGAUAAAGGCAAAGCUUUGCUCUACCAAGCCAAGGAGGAGUUUGCUGGGUAUGACUUUGAAAACCGGCUUCACGUGCGCAUCCAUACCGCUUUAGCAUCUCUGAAAGAAGUUGUUCCACAGUGACAUUUGCCAAACCGGAGUCCUCUUCAGUGCACAUACGGUUGAACUUAAAUCGAUUUCUGCACUUUACGCUGUAAAUGCACAGCAAAGUGGUCAGCCUGAACUCAAGAAAGGUUCCAUUAGACCUAAGCAUGUAGAAUAGUUUUGAAUGUGUAAGGAUGGUUUCGCCGGCGAGUGUGAGAUGCAGGAGAUCUGAUGCUUUACUAUCGAUAGUUAAACAGGGGGUGGCUUAGAUGGCUCCAAGGAGUAUCAAGUGGCCUUGCUCAUUUUAACCCCACUUUGAUUAACUCUGUAGCCCAGUUUAGAUCUUAGCUGUAUAGUUGAACGAUGCACAGAGCCCAUUCCUGUCAUUGGCACUGAUUCUAAUGGGUUUGGUUGACGUUAGUAGGUCAGGACUGAGGGAGGAUUCAUGGCUUUUGCCUAAUUCAGGCAGAAUAAACAGCCAUAUAGUUACAAAAUAAAAUAAAUAGCCAUACUAUUUGUUGCUCUAAUCUUAUUUAUAUUUUGCCGAGAUUUUAUGCCAUCGUUAUUUUAAAAUGUGUAAAAUAUUGGUAGCACUUUUUAAUCCCUUUUGUAUCAGACCCAGAGAACAAGGGAGUCUAGUUCAUUUCUGCUCAGGGUCAUUUGUUAAUUAUGAGUGUAGGAUGCAGUCUUUUUUGAAAUGCCUCUGAACCUCAGAAAUAACUACACCAAGAUGUUAUUUGAUCGUUCUGUGUUGGCAUUCUUUUAAAAGUAUCCAGAUACCUCAGUUGAGGAUCGGAUGCAAAUUGUGAAAUUCAUACAUUUUUAAAAGUAUAACUCUGGAAAACAGGGUACUGAACAAAUGAAACUGCCUUGUAGCAUCUCAGUGUCAAAUUACCUAAUUCUCCUGCGUUUUGUCAUAUUAUGAUGUUGGGUUUGUAUCUAUUGUUACAAACAUCUUACAGGGAUAAACACAAUUUCAUUCUGUGUUAGCUAAUGCUAUUGCCAAGUUAUUUAAACUCCAUUAUCUGCAAGAUGUGAACCAUUGGAUAGGAACAUGUAACAUAUCACUUGGAUGUAGUAGACACCACUUGGAAACACCACCAUGAUUUCUUUCAAAUAUAUUUUUUUAUAAAUUAUUGAACUAAGGCACGGUUUAAAGGCAGUGAGACCUGCGUACUCCGUCCCUGAAAGGUGCACAUUUGCGUUUCUGUAUAUAUUGCAACGUGUGUAGAUUGUCCAGCUGCCAUGAUUAUUUCGAGCGCCAAGCUUCUCUCUUAAUUCCUCACGGUAGCAUCAUUCUACAGGCACUGGUACCUUGCCCACAUUGCCAAUUGGCUUGGUGCAGACCCUGGAAUGGUUCUGUCAAACCAAAACUCCAAGGACAAACAGAACUAUUUGUUGCUGAGCCAAAUCCAAAGUGCUGGAGGAACUCAGUGGGUCAGGCAGUAUCUGUGGAGGAAAAUGAACAGGCGGUGUUGCUUCAGACUGAAGACGGUUCCCGACCUAAAAUGUCGCCUGUCCAUACCCUCCACAGAUGCUGCCUGACCCAUUGAGUUCCUCCAUGCACUUUGUGUUUAGCUCAAGAUUCCAGCAUCUGCAGUUCCUUGUGUCUCUCUAAUUGUUGCUGGUUGCACUGAUUAAUUUUCAUUCUGAAUGUUUAGCCUGUUGCUCAGAAACAUGUCUUUCUUGUAACUUCAUAUCCGUUGUACUGUUUUACGAAGCUGAUGAUCCGAGAAGUCCAGUCCCCUUAUGUACACAAUGUUGUGUAAUUUUACAUCGUGGCUGGAUUUGUUGUUUAUAAGGAUAGGAAUGACAUAACUGAUGUUUUGAAAUCGUUGACUUGGGUAAAGUAAUGUAAUCUGAAUCUUUGCAAGUUCAUACACUGGAGUGUUACUGACUCUUGGCUGUGGCACACAUACUGCUCAGGGGAAGGGAAACUAAUUAUUAAUGAACCUAAGAUAGACACAAAAAGCUGGAGCAACUCAGCGGGACAGGCAGCAUCUCUGGAGAGAAGGAACGGGUGACGUUUCGGGUCGAGACCGGAAGCGUCACCCACUCCUUCUCUCCAGAGAUGCUGCCUGUCCCGCUGAGUUACUCCAGCUUUUUGUGUCUAUCUUCGGUUUAAACCAGCAUCUGCAGUUCAUUCUUACAUAUUAAUGAACCUAGUCUUGUUAAAAACCCAAGAAUUAAUGGCUGUGCUAACCAUUGUGUAAAUGGAGGAAAAUGUGUUCAUCUUGCAUUGAGAAGACUUCAUUCUAGAAUGAACUAGGACUUCAUUCGUAAAUGAGCUUGUCAGGGGACACAAAACAAAGAGGUUUGGGCCUGCUCAUCUCACUGUUACUGUGAGGCUGAGCACUGAGAAUUGGAUCGGUUCAUUGUGUACAUGAGUGGAAAUGUGGAUGACAAAAUCUGUCCCUAUAGUUUUGACUGUAUGUAGACUGCUGUUACCCACCUACAUUAAACAAUGUGACCAGA